AUGGUGCGCAUCUCGGCGACAUCACUCGCUUCGUUGGCGUGCAUCGCCUCCGCUGCCGUGAGCGGCGCUUCGGCCAAGACCAGCCUCUACCUUUCGCCCGCCACGACGCCCGAUGCGCGCGUCGACAUCGAUGCCAACCAGGCGCAUCGCAUCCUCUCACACCACAUGCACGUCGAGCAGCAUGCGCACGACCAUGCGUCGUACCAGGAUGCAAAGGAUGUGUGGCAGAUGCUCGAUAUGGGCGCGGCACACGCCAAGGUCGACAACCGCGCUGGCGUCGAGCGCCUCUUUGACGGACACAAGGACGAGCACAACCGUCUCCUCGUGCUCAUGCACGGCACUGCACACCAGGACGUGAUUCCUGCCAGUGUCGGUGCGACGCACAGCAUCGAGGGUGCGCCGAGCUCCACCUCGUUCGAUGCGCUCUUCGACAGCUACCUCGGCAGCGUCUCGAACACGCUCAAGUCGUCCGAGUCGGCCUUCUCGCACCUCGCAGGCACCUUCCUCGACGGCUUUACCGCCAGCAUCGACUGGCUCACUUCGCACGCCGACACGGCCGCCACACGCUGGUCGCACCACGCCGCGGCGUUCGGCUCGGACGCGUUUGCCAAGCUCGAGCACGAGCUGCGAGCCGCCGAGGCGCUCGUGGCCAAGAUGCAGGCGACGCGCGCCAACGACUCGGCCGACGAGCUCUCGAUGCAGCCGCUGCGAUUCUCGGCGCUCGGCGACGUCGAAGCUACCUACGGCACGCAGAGCGUCGAGUUGGCGCGCGCCAAGCAGCUGGUGCGCGAGGCGAUCGAGCGUGUCACUGCGCUCUUCCAGGCACGAUCCGAAGAGCACGGCCGUGUGCCUUCGAUCGCCUUUGUCGUCACCGAUACCGACACGGAGCAGCAGCUGGUGAAGCGCUCCGGCUCGGACCUGUUGGCGCCGUUCCUGGCGCGCACCUCGGAGCUGUCCCACGGUGCGGCUCUGCGUCCGAGCGACGUGCUUGCGUCGACGGCUAAAAAGUCGAAACCGUCGCCGCUGCCCAAGGACCUCGCCGGUACGUGCUUCGGCUCGCAGUCGGAGCUCGAAAAGGCCACCAACAGCUGCUCGGGCCACGGCAAGGGCGUCAAGUCGUCCAAGGGCGGCCGUGCGUGCUGGCGCUGCAAGUGCACGCCCACCGAGGUGCGCAAGGGCAAAAAGACCUACUGGGCCGGCGCGGCGUGCGAGAAGAAGGACGUCUCGGCAGAGUUCAUGCUGCUGGCCUCGAGCGUGGUGUUGCUCGUGCUGGUCAGCGCUGGCAGCGUCUACUUUUUGUUGGCCCAGGGCUCCCAGGAACUCCCCGGCACCUUGGCCAGCGUUACCAUCAGCCUCAAGUAA